AUGUUCUGUAAAACUGCUCGCGAUGCGGGCUAUCGCUGGGCGUGGAGCGAUACCUGUUGCAUCGACCAGAACAACAAUGUUGAGAUCCAAAAAUCAUUCAACUCUAUGUUCAUCUGGUAUCACCACUCAGCACUCACCAUCGUCUACCUAUCAGAUGUACCGCCUUCGUCAAAGUCUGGCGCACCGGCGAAGAGCGCAUGGAACACUCGAAUUUGGACUGUCCCGGAAUCACUCGCUCCUAAAGUCAUUCUCUUCUAUCAACAGGAUUGGACUGUAUAUCUCAACGACCGCUCUUCCAACCACAAGGAGUCUGCCGCUAUCGUGCAAAAGUUACAGGAUUCGACAGGUAUAGAUGCACAGUCCCUCGUCGCUUUCCGUCUGGGGAUGAGAGAUGCCCGAGAGAAACUACAAUGGGCGUCAAAACGUGUCACUACAUUGCAAGAAGACAUUGCAUAUUCAUUGUUUGGCAUCUUCGACGUCCACCUCCUUGUAUUGUACGGCGAGAAUAAACAAAACGCACUCGGACGACUCUCGCAAGAAAUUAUAGCUCAUUCGGGUGAUAUUACCGCGCUGGAUUGGGUCGGAAAAUCAUCCGAGUUCAAUAGCUGUCUCCCAGCUGACAUUACCUCGUACAAACCUCCACCGUGCACGCUACCAUCUCUAUCCGAAGACGAAAUGCAGACGUGUGUGUCCACAUUGGGAAAUAUUGUGGACGUGGAGUUGGCGUCAAAACUGUAUAACCUUCUUGACAUCGGCACUCCUCGUUUUGCGAACCGCAGACUGCGACUGCCUUGCAACGCAUUUCGCGUCACAGAAGUCAGACGGAGACUCGGUCAAGACCAGGAGUCAUGUUUCACUUAUGAUGUCAAGGCAAAAGGUCUUCAAGACCUAUCAAUCACUACGGAAGACAAGCUAGUUCAGAUGUCGCCGAAACGGCCCACUCGGCAGUCAUUCUUGCUCAUCCGUCCGUGGAAUCGUCAUGACCUCGAGCUGCCUGAUUUUGCGGAUGAGAUGAUGGAUGAUGUGGAUGAUUGGUCGGAGCCUGGGUCUCCAUCAGACGAAUCGCACAGCGGGUAUCCUGGAGACAAUGAGCUGGUCGAUCACUCGCGAGCGCUGAGAUUGAUCGUUCGCCUUGGACGGCCUUUUAGCGCGCUUUUGCUAGCUCAGCAGCGUGUCGGGGAGUACAAGAGGGUCGCUUCGGAUAACAAUAUCAUCGCGCAAGUCAAGGACAUGGCUUCUGUUCGUGACAUGAUGGACGUCAGGACGCUAGAGAUAUUGUAG